ACCACGGACACCUCUCCAGCCCCCCUCAUCACCAACACCUCUCCCACUUCCACUCCCCACACCACUCCCACAACCCUCAGCCCAGAUAGCUCGCUACUCCCCACAGACACCUCCACUGCACAUAUCACUGCAGCCACCACCCUUGCCUCCACCACAGACCACCUUACGUCUGCUGUGGAGACUUCUUCUUCAGCCAGGACCAAAACAGCCACAGCCACUGCUUUCAAGCAUCCUGCACCUGCCACCACCACCACAACUACCCAGACCACCACCACCACCCAGCCUACCACCACUUCAGGGGUUUGCCAGAAUGGAGGUAGCUGGGUCAACGGCCUUUGUCAGUGCCUCUCAGGUUUCACAGGUGAUAGCUGUGCAUUUGCCAAGAACAGCUUUGAUACUGAACCAGAGACAAAUGCGACAGUGCAGCUGGCGGUGCGGGUCACCAACCGGGAGUUCACCAGUGAUCUCAGUGACAGCAGCUCUUCUGGAUAUCGUGCCUUUGUCCAGAAGUUCACAGAGCAGAUAAACAACGCUUACAAGAAUGUUAUUGGAUACCAGGGCAUCGAGGUCCUGCGCUUAAUACCUGGCAGCAUUGUGGUAGAUCACAACGUAAUCAUCUCCCUGAUGGUGACGUCCCAAGCCCAGGACAAACUCCACAACAUCUCCAUGAUACUGCAGGAAGAGAUACGGGCAGUGGCGGCGCAGCAGAACUGCACAAAGGACACUGAUGAGCUGUGCUUCAGUUCAACCAUUAAUAUAGUUGAUCCCGGUUCACUUUACUUCGACAGUGAGACAUACUGCCGGCAGAUCACCCCUGAGGGCUACCAGGACUUUUACUUCCCCAAGCUUACAAGCUCCGGUUUUUCCUGCAUCUCCAACUGCACGGCAAACACCCUCAGCACCAUCAACUGCAACUAUGGGCAGUGCCACAUCACCCAGACUGGCCCGCAGUGCUUCUGCCAUGAGACCAAUAUCUACUGGUACCAGGACAACCGCUGCAAAACCCGAAUCAGCAAGAUUGCGGUGGGACUGGGCUUGGCUGUAGUGGGCCUGGUUGUGGUCAUCUUUGUCCUCACCAGCCUCCUCUUCAGAGCCCGGAGGACGAAAUCAUUUGACAGCGCAAGUGCCUUGACAGCAAUGAAGAAGUGGUAUGAGGACGUGAAUGAGGACUGGAGCCCUCUGGGGAGCUUCUUUUUCCGGAAUGAAGGUGCCACCACAGGGGACAUUCAGGUUGACCUGGAGUCUGUGGACAUAUCAAUGCCGGUCCAGAUCCAGAGGCCGGAGAGUGUCCUCACACGGCUCUGA